AUGCUCGAUGGAAAACAUGCACGGAUUAAUCAACCAACUGCAUCGAAGUCGAUCCCGGAGAUCCCGGAAGAUGACUUGCAAACUGACGGACAGGUACGUCAGAGAGUCAUAGAACCGGAAGACGUUUGUGCUAUUUGUCAGGAUGAACUGCUCGGAGAGCAACGCUAUCCGGUCACGUAUUGUCGCAGGGGAUGCGGGAACAGUGUGCAUAUUCGUUGCAUGCGUGUCUGGACGGAUCAUCAGAGAAAGCAGAAAUCCAUCAAUUUAUCGGAAGGCGUACCGUGCCCCAUUUGUCGUGAGGAGUUCGGACAAUUGGGUAUGCUUUUACGCGAAAUCACCGAGAAUAUUCAUCCACGUGAGGCCAAACCGGGUAGAGGAAGAUCGACUGUUAUUUCACCUGUGGUGCAAUCCAUUCAGCCAAUCAUGAAAGCAUGUCAUCCGUCGACUGUAUGCAUGACUUGUCGUAUGAGUCCCAUCUACGGAAACAUUUACCGAUGCCAGUUGUGUGAAGAUCAACUGGAUGAAACUGCAUCCACUUUUAUGUGUGCCAUUUGUUUUCGACAGGGCAAACAUUCGGAACACGAUAAGUUCAUGUAUCGGGAGGUAAGAGCACACAGAGACUCAGUAUGA